AUGACUUUCCUAACGGCCCUCGGCCUCCGCCGCAAAAACCCCUGGGAACCCCUAACCCUCAUCGACGCCCUCCUCCUCUCACCCCUCAACCUUCUCGUCACAAUCAUCUACAGCAUCAUCCUCUUCCUCCGCGGCCGCCCCUUCACCCCGCCCCGCGACAAGCCCGCCAUCCGCAUCGUCUGCCUCUCCGACACCCACGACCGCACCGACGUCGACAUCCCCCCGGGCGACCUCCUCAUCCACGCCGGCGACCUCACCAACGCCGGCACCGUCGCCGACAUCCAAGCCCAGCUCGACUGGCUCGCCGCACAACCCCACCAACACAAGAUCCUCGUCUGCGGCAACCACGACAGCUUCUUCGAUCCCAGCGCCCGUCUGCCCGAGGACCGUGGUAAGAGCCUCGACUUCAAGGGGAUCCGCUAUCUCAUCCGCGAUGCCGUCACGCUCGAGUUCAAGGGCGGUCGCCAUCUAAAGAUUUACGGCGCCCCUGAUAUUCCGACUUGCGGCGGCUCAGAGAUGGCUUUCCAGUAUGAUCGUUCAUCACCGCCCUGGACCAACACCGUACCAAUCGACACUGACAUUUUGAUCACUCACACACCACCAAAAACCCACCUAGACCUAAACCUAGGCUGCCCAGCCCUCCUCCAAGAAGUCUGGCGCGUCCGCCCCAAACUCCACGUCUUCGGCCACGUCCACUGGGGCCACGGCCGCCAAACAGUGCACUUUGACGACUGCCAGCGCGCCUACGAGGCCCUCAUGUCCCGCCCGCCCCGCGGCCUCUUUCGCGACCUCUUUCCCCACGCCGGCUGGCGGGACGCCCUCGCCGUCCUUGGUUACGGCAUCCACGGCGUCGUCUGGAAGUGGCUCAUGGUCGGGCCCGGCGGCAACACCAGCAGUCUCAUGGUCAACGCUGCGCAAAUGUACGGCAACACGGGGCGGCUGGGGAACCCGGUGGAAGUGGUGGACUUGUAA